AUGGACGACGAACGUUCCCUGUUCUUCAGGGACGGUAUCGUUUAUCGAGAAUGGGGCUACCGGCUGGCAAUCCUCGAGAAAUACCCGAUCGCCCAGAUGUAUUUCAAGAAGGCGAUCCAACAGGGCUAGCAGAACGAUCUCAGGACUUAUCUGGGCCUCGAACUCAAUUACGCCCGGUUCACUAGGACGCUCCAGACCACCGAGGAGUGCUUGGAAUUGGAUUCAACCUAUUUACACGUGAAACACAUGCAGCUGCUGACGCUGUUUUUCAUCGGCGAGUUCGAACACAAUUUGGUGCACGCUUAUCAAAAGUAUCCGAUUACGUUCCUUCAGCACGGGAUACUGCAGGACAGCGAAGCUAUCGAGGACUCCCGUCUUCACAAUUGCAUCGGCUCAGACACCGAGCCCCAAGUCCUGCAACUUCUCUCACCGUAGAUACGCGAGCUUGAGGUAUAUUGGAAGCUGCUCUUUGAAAAGCUGAAAGUGGACAAGUUCGCAGGCAUCGAGGAGGAGCAGUCCAAAUUCAAAGUGAACGACCAGAAAGCUCGAGCGGAGGCCGAGUUCAAGAGAUUGCAAUUCCUCUUUUCACACGUAUAUCUCGGUUGCCUGGCGCACGACAGCGCGUUCUUGCAUCACCUGUAUGAGAAUCCGGAGAAGCUCGAGUCGCCGAACAAAGAGACGAUAAAGCUGCUUCGCGAUUUGAUAGCGAGGAACCAUCGGAGAGCCAUUCGCAGGCAGAACGUAUUGCGGAUGCGGCGGCCGCUCUACGUGAUGAUGUUCCAGCGCAAAAGGUUACCACCGGGUUACAAGAGGACGUUGAACGAGGAGAAAAAAUUGCGCAGGCACCUGAUCGUCAUCGAGGUGAACUUUUUGUUGCACCGUUUGCACGAGAUUCGAAUGCGGAAAGAUUACAUCAGGUAAUUUGUCGGAACGGUGGACCGCGUGAAAGACAAGUUCGACUCGUACUCGCUGAAGAUUUUCCCGGCGAAGAAGAAGUGCUUGAACGCUGUGUACAAUAUAGUCGCGUGGACGUACACAGACACACGUGAUCUGUCCAAGAUACAGGGCAGGAAAAUACUUCGGAGAAUAUACUUGAAACAUCACCUAAGAAUUCGAAUGGCGGAACUGCAACGCGACAGCGACAUUGGCUGGAUAAGAGCGUCGAACAGGAAGAGGGCUCUGAAGAAUUACCGCAGCAGACUAGCCAUGGCCUCAGAACCGCUGGAGCUGGCCUGGCUGUUCCACGAGCUCUCGAGAUAUCUGACACACGACCUAGCCCGAUUCUACAUCAAAAAGGCUCAAGACAUGGGACAGGAGGCGGGCAACGAACAGUGGAUACUGAAUAGUCACCUGUUCAUUCGGAUCGAGAACAAUUAGAAUUAUCGGAACGAGGCGAACGAGGCGGCUCUCCUGGCCUUGUCCAACUCCAAGAAUUUUGGCCUCGACUUGCUCGUCGACUUGUACAAGAGCGCGAUCGACGACAUGGACAUGGACAUGGAAAAGCUGUUGGCGUUCAACGCGAUCGCGGUCAGGCAACAGCUGAUAUUGAACUUGAUGUUGGGCGACAUGAAGGCCGAGGUGGACUUCUUUUGCAGGCGGAUGGACGCUAUUCCCGCCGAUCGACAACUAUCCGUGAUGCCCAGUUGCAAGCCCCUCGAUUGCAAGCUGCCCUGCAAGAGGAAGAUGAUACUUUCCGGUCCUCCGAGAGAUCCGGAGAAACAAGCGAGGAAAGCCCUAUUGAAGUAGCUCGCCAAGAAGAGGCCUGGCUUCAUCGAUUUCGACGAAUACGAGUAA